UUUUUUUGAUUUGAGAGCAAUAAUAAAAUGAAAAGCCAUUUCAAUCUUGUGUAAACCCUAGUUGACUCCAGAGGAGAAACAGAAAUAAGGUAUUUGCCAAUAUUAUCCCUGUUACAAGACAUUUUGUAGAAAUACUGACUGGGCUUUCAGGCUAAGGCAAGAAUAGGCUCAUUUUGUCACUUCUCAUUAGAAAAAAGAAUGAAUCUUGCCAUUUUUUUUGUUAAAUGCUAAUAACUUUAUCAUGAACUGCUCCCACUUCUUAUUGUCAUGCACUGUAAGCCUUAUCUGGGGUUGAGCAAAGAGCAAAGGUAGCCUCAUUUUGGAGUGAAACCCAGAGAUUAAACAGCAAGGAGGCUUCUGAAGGCUUCACUUGAUCGUAAUCUAAUUAUAGGGAUAUUUAACUGUUACUACUCACAAGGAUGACUUCUACGUUGGAAAUUGUUAGUUUUCUUUUGUGCUUGGGUGGGUUGGCAACUAUUGGAGCUACUUUGCCGAAUGAUUACUGGAAAGUCUCCAGUUUACAUGGCAGUGUGAUCACAACGACCACGUUGUUUGAAAACCUGUGGAAGAGCUGUGCACAAGACAGCACUGGAGUAUCCAACUGCAGAGACUUUGACUCUCUGCUUGCAUUGCCUGCUUAUAUUCAGGCAUGCCGUGCCUUGAUGAUUGCCUCCAUCCUUUUGGGAUUCAUAGCUGCAGUACUCUCGCUGCUUGGUUUGAAGUGCACAAAGAUUGGGUUGAGCGAUGAAGAUGGAAAAACAAAGUUUGCUGUCACAGGAGGAUUUCUCUUUAUUUUAGGAGGUCUCUGUUCCAUGGUGGCUGUUUCCUGGUAUGCUGCGAUGAUUACUGCUCAGUUUUUUGACCCACUGUAUGCUGGAACCAAGUAUGAACUAGGAGAUGCUCUGUACUUAGGCUGGGCUGGAUCUGUUCUUUGUAUGCUUGGUGGGAUCUUACUGACCUGUUCAUGCAAAGGGAAGAAAAAACAGGAUUACAGUUUCAACAAAUACCCAUACUCAGCAGGCCACGCAGCUCCUCACCAGGAUGCGUACACCAAAAACUCUGAGACAGUCAUAAGCAACAAGGAGUACGUCUAAGCUUACCUUUUACGUCACUUGUAACAUUAGUAGGUUAUGACCUCAAAGAAGUGAACUACUUCCAGGGUUCCUGGUUCCAAGUUGCAAUCUUUCAUCUUAAUUUGGAGCAGUACAAAGGAGGAGGUAUGGUUUUCAGUGUAAAUACGAAUGGUUUUCCAGGUGGUUUUCAAUUGUAAACAGGAUUCUACCGAAGAUGCUGAGAUGUGAAAGGCUGUGGCAUGAAGGUUUUCUGCAUGCUUAGGAGCCUGAUAAAGGUUAACCUCAGCGUUCAGUGUUUCGUGACAAUCGAGAGCAACUGUUUCUAUUUUGGCCCACUCAAAAAUGCGGAACUGAUACGCUGUAGCUAACUGCAAGUUAAUACACCUCACAGAAAUGGAUCGGGUUUGCACUAAUGUUUAGCUUCCUACUUCUGUUCAGCAGCUUUAGCUUUUGACAGGAAAUAAACUUUAUUCCACAGA